AUGUCGAAAUCGAUCGCCGACAUCAUCGCGGCGCUGCCCGACGGCGACGGAUGGGGGCCCCCAGUCACGACAGAGACCACCCUGAAUGGCGUCCCAUACGCCCCCUUCUCCAAGGGCGACAAGCUGGGUCGCAUGGCCGACUGGACUGCCGAUGGCAAGGAUGGCCGCGAUGGUCGUGGAGGACGGGCCCAGUACAAUAGGAACUACAGAGACCAACAGACUUACGGCUCUGCAAGCGCCUCCCUCUUCGCAGCACCGGCUGUCGAGCAAGACGAAUCCUCCUUCUCCGUCGUCUCCAACGUUCGCGACAGCGGCAAGUCCCGAUUCGGCCGCGGCGCCGUCUUCACACGUGGCGGCCGUGGCCAGCGUGGCGGUGCCCGAGGAGGACAGGACAGCCGUGGCGGUGGACGUCAACAGUUCAGCAGCCGUGGUGGAGGCCGGGGUGGCUACGACAGCGGGCGCGGUGGACGGAAUAACGCCGGUGGCCGUGGCGGCGGCGGCCGUCGCUUCGGCUGGAAGGACUACGACAAGCCUCAGCGGAACCGCGACGCCUCCAUCAACAUCCGCGCCGACUGGAAGCUGCUCGAGGAGAUCGACUACAACAGGCUGCUCAAGCUCAACCUGGACGCCGACGAGGGCGAGGACAUCGACAGCUACGGCUUCGUGUCCUACUACGACCGCUCCUACGACAAGCAGCCCGUCAAGUCGGCCGAGAAGAAGCUCAACCCCAUCGACCGCGCCGCCUACAACGUUACCACGUCGUCCGACCCCAUCAUCCAGGAGCUGGCCGACAAGAACGAGGCCACCGUCUUCGCCACCGACAGCGUGCUGUCCAUGCUCAUGUGCGCGCCCCGCUCCGUCUACCCCUGGGACAUUGUCAUCGUCAAGCAGGGCAACAAGGUGUUCCUGGACAAGCGCGAGAACGCUGCGCUGGACAUGGUCACCGUCAACGAGAACGCGGCCGACGCACCGCUCGAGGCCUCUGAGGGCUCCAAGGACGUCAUCAACCAACCGGCGGCGCUGGCCGAGGAGGCGACAUACAUCAACCACAACUUCGCCAACCAGGUGGUGCUCGAGUCACAAAAGGUGGAGAUGUCGCACGGCAACCCCUUCUACAACGCGGCCGAGGAGACGGAGCCGCCCGCGUCCAAGGCUUACCGGUACCGCAAGUUCGACAUCAGCAUCAACGACGAGGCCCCCGUGUACCUGGUGGUGCGGACGGAGCUCGACGCGGUGCAGAAGAACGCCAUCAGCGGCGACGACCAGUUCCUGCGCGUGCACGCCCUCAACGAGUUCGACAGCAAGGCCCAGGGCAGCGGCGGCGCCCUGGACUGGCGCUCUAAGCUCGUGUCGCAGCGCGGUGCCGUUGUCGCCACUGAGAUGAAAAACAACUCUUGCAAGCUUGCCCGAUGGACCGUGCAGAGCAUCCUGGCCAAGGCGGGACCAGAUGAAGAUCGGCCUCCUCACAGAUUCGUCUCCCGAGUCAACCCCAAGGCCAACGACAAGCACGUUAUCCUGGGCGUUGUCGGUUGGAAGCCGCGCGACUUCGCCAACCAGAUGAACCUGUCGCUGUCCAACGGUUGGGGCAUCGUGCGGACCAUCUCAGACAUGGUGCUCAAGGCGGGAGACGGCGACGCAAAGUACGUCCUCGUCAAGGACCCUAACAAGAGCAUCCUGCGCCUGUACGACGUACCCGCCGGGUCGCUGGAUGAGGAGGAGGACGAGGCCGAGGAGCCCGCCGCCGAGGAGGGCGGCGAGGAGUAG